AUGUUGGAUAAGAUUGUUGCAAAGUUUUGUGAGUGGUUUAACAAGCAUAGGAACAAGGCUGCUUCUACGCCACCAGGACAUAAACUGGUGGCCUUUGUGGAGAAUAUAUUUCACAGUAGAUGUGCUGAAGCGAAGAGGCUAACUGUCACCGAGUUAAAUAUCAGUCAUAUUGAAUACAGUGUAAUUGGAAACGAUGGGAUGAAUUACACGGUGAACUUGAAAAGUAAAACUUGCUCGUGCAAAUGUUUUGAUAUAGACAAGUAUCCUUGUGUCCACGCCUUAGCCGCACUAGAGCAUUACAUGAAGCGGCCAGACAGAGAAGAGGAUAUAAAUGUAGAUGACUUGUGUUCGAUGUAUUAUUUAACCGAGCAGUGGGCGUUUGCUUAUAACAGAACGAUCUAUCAUGUCCCACACAAGUCACACUGGGUUAUCCCCGAUGAUAUAAAGCAAUUGAGUGCUUUGCCCCGGAACACGAAAAAAAUGAUGGGGGCAAAACAGCAGAAAAGGCAUCCAUCCGUUGGAGAGCGUUGA